GUUGUAAAACAGGAACCAGAUGAUGGCGUCCCAACUGAAAGGAGGACCUGGGUGAUCGGAUCACGCCAUCAAGUGGAAACUGUUUUAUCUCAUAGCUUGCUUGCCUUCUAGCUCGCUGACUGGUACUGAAAAGCGGGCUCGGCUGGCUUCUCUAGACCUUUCGUGGAAUUCGCCUUUCGCAAGAUCGGUCAUUUCCGAUUGAUACAAAUUCCGAAACACCCUCACGGAAGACGGAGAGGAUCGCAACGAUCGACUUCGUCUUUUUCUUUCGGAAUAUCUCGGUUAUACACCGGGGAAUGAAGCAACACUGUUGUUGGCUGCACAACACAUGGAGAGUUUGAUCUCUAAGUUGGGAAUGGCCAUUGAAAUAAUGGAAUAAUUCCCUACGUGUGGAGCACAAAGUGCAUCUGGAUCACCAUCAAAUGUCAUUCAAGUAGAACAAAAGAGACAUCCCUCUAGCAGCAAUCUCAAACAAUAUUUUGGUUGACAUAUCGAAAUUGAACCUCAUGCGCUGGUUCUGUGAAUAGAAAAAUUUCUCAUUGUUCGUGACUAUGGACGUGUAAGAAGAGACGACUUUGAUGACUUAGAUGGAAACUUACUUGAAGCUAGAAACAUGGUUGAAAUGAAUCUUCAGCGAGGACAAGGAGCAGUCGGUCAUCUAUUGAAAAUGUUUGUCAACAAUAAAGUUGCUGACUACAACGAAACUAUUUUCGAAGCAGUAACAAAUACCAGUGUUGAUGGAUCACAGGCGGAUGACGUUUGGAAUAAAAUCCAUACAGUCUUCUACAGUCCAGUUAUAAAUGGUGAGGAAAGCGUAAGACCACGCCCAGGGACAAGCGCAAAUCGUAGCGAGAACAACGACAGAAUAAAAAACCAAAUGGCUGAAACGUGGACUACGGGGAUCGCUCCUAAAGUUUGUUCAAACUGGGAACUGUUUCUCUCAAUGCGACUACCGGAGUCCGUGACAAUCCAAGAUUAUUCUGUGGUGGUUCAAAAUCUUCUACGAGUACUAAAUGGAAUCAGUCGUUAUUGGGGAUCGUUGUACGAUCUCGAUAGUUACGACCCUAUCUCAACUAACGAUAAGUUUCUUCACCACCAACUAACCCACAAGGUUAAUCAACACCUCAAGAAAAUCGUACAAGAAAUCGUCCAAGAAAUCGUCCAGCCGAAGGGAAGGUUAAAAUUUUUGUUUCUUAAAUUUUUUUUUCUAAUUUUUUUUUGUAUAGUUGUAAAACAGGAACCACAUGAUGGCGUCUCACCUGAAAGGAGGACCUUGGAAAUUGGAUCACGCCAUCACGUGGAAGCUGUUUUAGCUCAUAGGAAGAAAUUGAAUCGUUCGCUCAGCGUCACCGUGUUGUCGACCACUGUUCCGCACGGUGGAUUCCUGAACGCGUCUCUUCUUUUCAAGAAGAAUGUUGAAAUGGGUAAAUUAUCCCAGCAAUGAGUACUUCAACUUAUGGGAAGAAAAGCAGAACUGCAAUUGUGAUUCCCUAAUUCGUCAAUACCUGGAAAAAAAUCAAAACCCUUCGAUUAUAAACUUAUUGGAUGGUCCUGGAGCUGGGGAAGAAGGGACUUUACUAAGACCCAACCAAGCGAUCAUCAAAGUGGAAAAUCCAGGUGAGCUAGCAUCCGGCACACCUGCAUUUGUUCCACUUACCCCGUUGGAUAUGGAGUUGGCCAAGUCCAACCAACUGUUGCGUCAUAGGAAUAAUCGUCGCGACUACAUCAUAUAUGUUCGUGACGAUCCUAUGACAACAACAACAGCAGCAACGGCAGCAGGAAGUUGAAAAUCAACGGAAACAGCAAGAAGAGGAAAGAUAAAAACGGAAUGCCUUUUUUCAGGUUUGCAUUCAUAUCCUACCUGCAGACGAGAUUCAUCCUUCUGCACAGACGUGUACUAAUCUGUUGAUGGUACCUCGCUACACCAGCCCACUUAUUUUGAGAGAGAAAAUGGCCUACGCCGUAAACCAACAAUUGCGUUUUUAUAAUGCAUAAAUUAUUUCUUUGGAUAAAACCUUUCGUUGCGCCUUAGAGAUUUUGAUUGUGCCUUUUCGGUUUGUCGUUGUUUGAUUCUGUAGCUGUUGGGUAGUGAAACUAUUUGAAAUGAUGCACUUUAAGGAAUCCUGCUUUGCCUUGCUCUCUAGUGUUCUGUCAACUGUCCGUCAUUGCGUCAUUGUUUGUUUUUUUAGUGAGUGAAAAUUUUGC